UGUUGGAAUAUAUGUAAGCGCAUGAACCCCGUCAAAGCAGUAAUAAACUAGCUACAGAGCAGUACGGUUGUUUGCUUUACUACCCCGCGACACACCAACUGGCGACGAGGACGUUCUACCUACAUAGUGCAUAAAUAAAAUUAGAUUCAUUAACAAUGACUAAUUUCGUCGGAAACAUAGGAGUUUUUGAUCAUAAAGUGCAAGAAUGGGACGUUUUUUACGGAAGGUUAUCGCAGUUUAUAAAACUUAACAAGAUUCCGGUAGACAAUAAGAGUGCAGUGUUACUAACUCAUUUAUCCGAUGAGUCAUACCGUCUUGUACGGAAUCUUGUGCAUCCAACCAAACUGGAAGAAAAGUCUUUUGACGAGCUAGUGGCAGUACUCAGUGGGCAUUUCACGCCGAAACGAUCGACUUUCGCGGAUAGGGCCAAGUUUUUUGGAGCAACUAAGUCCGGCUCAGAAAGCAGUCAGGAUUGGGCAGCGCGGCUACGAGGCUUAGCCGUCAACUGCGAGUUUGGUACGGAAUUGGACACCUUACUACGAGAUCGUUUCGUACUAGGCUUCAAUAUGGGACCGGAACGCGAUCGUCUAUUCGAGAGUGAUUCGAAGACGCUGACGCUGGCUAAAGCAUUAGAAAUAGCACAGCAGGCGGCGUGCGCGAGGCAAGCGCGCACGGUGGUCGUCAAGGAGGAGCCGGUGUACCGCGCGCAUGCGCGCACGGGGCGCCGAGGCGCCGGCACGGGCGCCGGUGGCGGCGCGAGCGGCUGCAAGGAUGACGACGGCGACGUCGCCGGGACGCGGUGUUCGGUGUGCGGGAUGAAGAACCACGACGCGGCGAAGUGCAGAUUUCGAAACUACAAGUGCCAAAAUUGCGGUCAGAAAGGGCAUCUUAAAAAAGUUUGUGGAAAUAACAAGUCGAAAAUCCAUAGUAUUGGUGCUGAGUCGUUAGAAGAAGACGAGAGUGAGAACUGUAAAGAGUGCCAAAUGUUUCAAAUGAGGUUUCCGAAUUAAUGGUGGAGGGAUGGAAUAUAUGUAAGCGCAUGAACCCCGUCAAAGCAGUAAUAAACUAGCUACAGAGCA